GUGAUCGCAAAGAAGAUGCGGGGAUAGGAUGCAUCAAGAUUGCUUUUGGUUGAAGAAUAGAUUGGAUGCACACUUUUUUCCCGUGUUUUUGGCCUGUUCUUUUCUGACUCGUUGAAUACUUUUCUGGUGGUUGUGGUGGUGUGUGUGCGUGAACCGGCACUUGUGUAAAAAGAAAAAAAGGAUGGAUAAAGCCAUGCCUACGAAAGCUUCCGCAGUCAAGAGCUCGCAGGUCGCCGAUGACCUCUCAAAAAUAAGCGACGAGGUUUUGUUAAAGUGGGGCAAAGACGAAUUGGUUCGCCGGUUGCGGAGGUCAGAGGCGGAGAAGAUGAGCGUUAUCUUGGACCACAGUAAUCUGAUGCGGGAGGUGAACCGGCGGCUCCAGCAGCACCUCACCGAGAUACGGAGUCUGAAGGACGUGAACCAGAAGCUGCAGGAGGACAACCAGGAGCUGCGGGACCUGUGCUGCUUCCUGGACGACGACCGGCAGAAGGGGAAGCGGGUUUCCCGGGAGUGGCAGCGCCUCGGCCGCUACAGCGCGGGCCUGAUGCGCAAGGAGGUCACCGUGUACCUGCAGAAGCUCAAGGAGCUGGAGCAGCGGCAGAGCGAGGUGCUCCGCGAGAACCUGGAGCUCAAGGAGGUGUGCCUCAUGCUGGAGGAGGAGCGGGCCGAGGCGGCGGCGACGGCGGUGGCUGCCGUGGCGGGGCGGGGCGCCGCCGGUGGGGGCGGAGCCGGUGGCGGCCGGGCGGGCGGAGGGCCGGGGACAGCAGGGGGCGACGCCGGCUGCAGGGGCUCCAUCGACAGCCAGGGCAGCCUGCUGGGAGGCGGGCCCGCGCCGGGCCUGCUCCGGGACGUGGGCGACGGGAGCAGCACCUCCAGCGCCGGGAGCACGGAGAGCCCCGACAACCCCCAGAACAAGCACCCCCCCGCUGGCGGGCAGCCCGCCCCCCAGCCGGGGCACGGGUCGGGGUCCUCCUCGGGUCCGCCCGGGUCAAAGCUGAAGGACGGGUGCGUCCACGACGUGUGGGGCCGGAGACACAGCUCCACCCCGGAGUACUACACCUUCCCCCAGUCGUACCGCCCCCGCGGGGGCUCCCUCACCAACCUGGAGGCCCGGGGCAUGCGGGGCCUCAGCUCCGAGAAACACGGGACCAAGCACAGCCCCGCCCGGCAGGCCUGCGCCCCCCAGGGGCCCCACAGCGGUGACAUGCUGGUUCAGAAUCACGCGCCGAUGGGCCCGGGGCAGGGGUCCCCGGGCUCCGGGGCCAAGUCCAGCCCGGACCUCUCCCAGAGGCACAGGGUGGGCAAGGCGGGGGAUGGGGCUUGCUGUGCUAGUCCUGAGAGCAAGCGGGCGGGGCAGGGGGCGGGGCCCGGCACGCCGGAGCAUCUGAGGAAAGGGAGGGUCAUCGUCGGGAGUCCGGAGUCCAUACGACACCACCCGCACCACCACCACCUCCACCAACACCAGCACAGCCCGGGGUCUGACCAUGGUAAAGGGAGGUACGCUGGUGGGUCCCCCGGCAGGGAACUAGGACCGAGGCGACCCCCCGGGGAGGAGCUUACCGCCCACCAACGCAGCCUGUACAACGCUCUGAUAUCUGCCGGUUGCUGCACCAACUCUUGUAGGAGCGUAAAGCUUUGGGAUAGCUUUGACGCCUCCUGACCGUGAUGUGGCCCCCUCAACCUCUCGUACCAUCGGAUGCUGCACAGCCAACCUGCUGCAAGGAGAAAGAGACAGAGCGAGAGACAGAAGGAGAGACAGAGAGAGAGCCAGAGAAAGAGAGAGAGAGAGAGAGAGAGAGAGACAGAGAGAGAGAGCAUGGCAUUCGACGGAGAGACGGGUGAAUGGAAAGACACCUGUCCCUUAAUGUGAGAGUUCCAACACUUCAGGAUCACUUUGCGAUCAGGAAGCCCCUGAGGGCGCAGGAUACGGACAGCGAUAGACCCCCCACCCCCACCUCCAACCAACCAAUCCUGUCUCUCUUUCUCUCUUCGAUGUCACGUAGGCUGACCUACUGCUGCUACUGCUGUGAUGGACCUCCGUGAAACCUACCCCCCACCCCUUUAGUCCAACAUUGCCAAAUUAAACUGAAAAAGGAAGCAAAAAACAAACCAACAAGAACAAAUUGAUAUUUGCCUACAGAAUAUAGAGAACCAUUGCAUUGAGGAAAGAAACGAAAAAAGAUCUUUAGAUGAACUGCUAUUCUUAGCACAGUGAUCUUUCAUACCUCAAAAAAAAAGAAAGGUCAUUCUAAUAUGCCAAAUAUUGGGAGAAAACAACCUUUUUUACAACAACCUGAUGUAUAGGUAUCGAAAAAGAUGAGUCAUUGUUCUAAAAUGUGCUGAUUCAGAAGAUCUCUGCUUACAAAGCGAUGUCGUCAUAGGGGUCGGGGCGGUCAAUGUUUGUAAAGUAGUCACAGGUUAAUGAACAAAAAAAUGUUUUCCAUAAAUCAAAUGGAAUUAAACAUGAAAUAAUUGAAAUCAUCAAAUGUUUGUUGGCAGGAAGAAAACGAUAUGCCCCUCUUACCGAUCUGUUGUUUUCUCGCCCGAGGCACAAACAACAUCCUCUGUUUAUCCAUGAUUCAUUAUUUGGCUCAUUUAUUUAUUUGUUUUACUCAAUCGUUUCCGAAAAAAUCUAUUGCAGUAUUUUCAUAUUCAUGACUGUUUGUAAUUAUGACUGUGUUUAGGAGAGAAUAGGGGAUGAGGAGGGAACGUAUUAUUAUUAUAUAUUAAGUCAUCUGGUAUUUUAUGCGAAAAAAAUAAAAUAAUUACAUCCCAGUGUUACAGCAAAACAAACAGAAAAAGCAACGAACCUUGUGUCAGAGUUAACAUCGUGUAACCAUGGCAACUCCCUGUGUGUG